AUCCGCACGUCACUUCGCAUGGCCAGACCUCCACCGUGGCCGCGCAAGCUGACCCUUCGCGAUCCGAUGUGGGUACGACAGCACCGUCCUUCAUCUCUGUCAUUGGUGUGUCGUCGAGAACUCCCACUGCCGUAUGCCCAUGCCCAUGGGGUCUAGCUUCGCGGCAACAUGAGCGAAACUUGUGCCAAUCCCCUGCUGUUGGGGUGGAUCAAAGAAUGGCUCGACCAGGCACGAGAGCGCAACAGCAAGGGCGCCAUUGUGUACAAAAAAGCCUAUGAGUCGAUGAAAGCUUGUCCGCUGGCCUUUCAGCAUCCCUCGGAGGCGCAGCAGCUCAAUGGGCUAGGUCCGAAGCUAUGUGAUCGCUUGACUGAGAAGCUCAAGGCCUACUGCGAGGAAAAUGGGCUUCCCAUGCCCGAACACCCCCACAAAUUCUCAGCCGGCAGCAAGAGAGUCUCGGAUGAUGGAACGACAGAGGCCCAGCCGGCAAAGAAACCCAGGAAAACCAAGCCAUAUGUGCCUACCUUGCGGUCUGGCCCUUACGCGAUCAUUUUGGCUCUCGCAACCCUGGAUGAAAAUGCCUCCCAGGGUAUGACGAAAUCACAGCUUAUUGAGACGGCACAACCACAUUGCGAUAGUUCGUUCACGGCGCCGAGCGACCCAUCGAAGUUCCACACGGCGUGGACUUCGAUGAAGACUCUGCUGCAGAAGGAGCUCGUCUAUGACUAUGGCCGUCCUCUGAAAAGAUACGCUCUGACGGAGGACGGAUGGGAGGUUGCCAAGAGGAUGAAGGUGGUCGCUCCGUCGGACCCGAGCCAAAGCACGUUGCCGUUUAGAGCGGAAUCCACUCAGCCCGAUGCAAGCAUUGCAAUCCCUGAUCGCGCAUCAGACAAUGCACGCCCGCAAGCCUCCCGUCAAGAGAGCCUGGAGUAUGAGGAACUUCCUCAAGAGAACCCCAAUACCAACCCUCAUGUCUUUCCGGACUUUGAUGGAGCCGUGACGCCCAUCGUGAUCCCGCCGAACAGCUUCACAGUCCAGCUGGUACUGGACGUGCGCGAAGUGCGGUCUUCCAAAGACAGGGACUAUCUUGCCAACGAGCUCAGCAAGAAGGGAGUCACGCCCGAGGUGCGCGCUCUCGAGCUGGGCGACGUAAUGUGGGUGGCCAAGUUCCACGAUCCCACCUUUCUGUCGCGGUACGGGGAAGAAGGUGACGAGAUGAUGCUGGACUGGAUCGUGGAACGCAAACGCCUCGACGAUCUGAUCGGCUCUAUGAAAGAUGGCCGAUUCCACGAACAGAAGUUCCGGCUCCGGCGAUCCGGGAUCAAGAACGUCAUCUACCUCAUUGAAGAGUUCACCGUCACCCAAGACCUGAACAGCGCCAUGAAAUACAACGAGAUGGUCGCCUCGGCGAUCGCCUCAACGCAAGUCGUCAACGGCUACUUCGUGAAACGAACCAAGAACCUCGACGACUCCAUCCGCUACCUAGCGCGGAUGACCUCCCUCCUCCGUAAGAUGUACGGCACCGCAUCCGGCGAAGCACCCUCCCACACCCUCACCUUAAUCCCCAGUCGCCAACUGUCCUCCUCCGAGUCAUACCUCGAAACCCUGGAGCGCCUCCGCGCAGAGAACCCCAACACCACCGUCGCCGUAACCUUCUCCACAUUCUCCGCCCUGACCUCCAAGUCCGACGUCCUGACCCUCCGCGACGUCUUCCUGAAGAUGCUCAUGUGCAUCCGCGGCGUGACCGGGGAGAAGGCCCUGGAGAUCCAACGCCGCUGGCAGACCCCGCAGGCCUUCCUCCAGGCAUUCGAGGCCCUCGAUCCGCGCAACCGCGAGAACCUGGUCUCCGAUCAGAUGCAGACCCUCGUGACUCGCAAGAAGGUCGCCAAGGUCCUCAGCAAGAAGAUUGCCGAAGUCUGGGGUGAAGAUGGUUAGUUGGGAAGUGUUGCUUGGUAUCGAAUUACUGGAUAUUUUAGUGCCGUGGCUGCUCCGAUACUGUAGUUAUUGGGAUUACGUUGGCU